GCUUUCCAAGGAGCAUUUCCUGUGUGUCAGCCGCUCAGAAGAUAACGAGGUAGUACAUUGUUUCAGCAAUUCCCUUGAGCAUCUCUAGUGAAUCCAGGGUGUCUUUCUUCUCUCUUCCUUCAUAGCAAUAGUUACUGUAUUGAGCUUGGUAGAGGAUUGAAACAAUGGAAGAACUUUCCAUGGCAAACACCGUAUUUGCCCUCAAUCUCUUUAAGCAGAUAGAAAAAUCAAACUCUACCCAGAACAUCUUUAUCUCUCCGUGGAGCAUCUCAUCAACAUUGGCCAUUGUUUUCCUCGGUGCUGGGGCUAACACAGAACAGCAGAUGGCCAAAGUGCUGCAGUUUAACAAAAUUGGCAGCUAUGGCAUCACCCCAGGAAACCCAGAGAACUUCAGUGGCUGUGAUUUCGCACAAGAGAUACAGAAAGACAAUUAUCCUAGUGCUGUUUUACAGGCACAAGCAAGAGAUAAAAUCCAUUCAGCCUUCUCCUCUCUCAGCUCAACAAUCAACACACCACAGGGAGAUUAUUUAUUAGAAAGUGCAAACAAGCUGUUUGGAGAGAAGUCUGCAAGAUUCAAAGAAGAAUAUAUCCAACGCUCUAAGAAAUACUACUCCACAGAACCAGAAGCAGUAGACUUCCUUGAAUGUGCUGAAGAAGCUAGGAAAAAGAUUAAUUCUUGGGUCAAGACUCAAACCAAAGGUGAAAUCCCAAACCUUCUACCUGAAGGAUCUGUAGAUGAAGACACCAAGAUGGUGCUGGUGAAUGCUGUCUACUUCAAAGGAAAGUGGAAAACUCCAUUUGAGAAGAAACUUAAUGGGCUUUAUCCUUUCCGUGUGAACUCGCAUGAGAGCAUUCCUGUCCAGAUGAUGUUCCUUCGCGAAAAACUGAACAUUGGAUACAUAAAGGACCUGAAGACUCAGAUCCUAGAACUCCCGUAUAUUGGAAACAUCAGCAUGUUCCUGUUACUUCCUGAUAAGAUUGAAGAUGCGUCCACUGGCUUGGAAUUGCUGGAAAGUAAAAUAAACUUUGCUAACUUCAACAAGUGGAUCAGCAAAGACACACUGGAUGAAGAUGAUGUUGUGGUCUACAUUCCCAAGUUCAAACUGACACAAAGCUAUGAACUCAAGUCCAUUCUUCAAAGCAUGGGCAUGGAGGAUGCCUUCAACAAGAGCAAGGCCAACUUCUCAGGAAUGUCUGAGAGGAAUGACCUUUUUCUUUCUGAGGUGUUCCAUCAAGCCAGUGUAGAUGUCACUGAGGAGGGCACUGUGGCAGCUGGUGGGACUGGGGCAGUUAUGACAGGGAGAACUGGCCAUGGUGGCCCACAGUUUGUGGCCGAUCAUCCCUUUCUUUUCUUUAUCAUGGACAAAAUUACCCACACAAUACUAUUUGUUGGUAGAUUCUCCUCACCCUAAAAGGGGAAGACCUAUUUCCACAUGAGGUUUUGUAGCAUGAGCUGUAAGCCUCAGAAUUGCUUCUUCAAGUGCCAAGUUUAAAUACUUUCCUACACGUUUUUAUACUUUUGCUAUACACUAAAUAUAAACCUAAAAGCAACUGUCUAACAGUCUGCAAUGCUUACAGUAUAAUUCUAUUAAUGAUUUUGUUUCCUAAAAUCAGAUGGUGUCUAUUUAGUUUGUCCUUAUUACUGCUUUGUCUUUAUAACUUUAGUUUUUACAGUGUUAUUUAUUAUUUAUAUAAUGGUUGUUUUACAAAUUGUUGUCCUCUGUUUAAUGAAACUGUAAUGCUACAGAAGCAGAAAAUUAGAUAAUUUUCCAUUUAAAGAAAAUCAGCCAUUUAAUUUAAUAAUGAAAGAAAAAUAUGAGUCUUCCAUGCUUCCCCAUGAUAUUCGCCCAGAAAACAGUACUUAGCAAAAGACAUGUUAUAUCUCUAUCAUUGCCUAUGAUAUGUACGUAUCUGCAACUCAUCUAUAAUUAGGACUACAUCAUAAGUAAGCAUGCUUACUUACCCACUGCUAUCUGUUGUUCUCCAUUAGCCAUGCAGAGCAUAAUACUUAGCAAUCCUUGUUUGUUAGUUAUCUUUCUAUCACUGUAACAAAAUACCUGAGACAAUAAAGUUCAAAGAUUUAUUUUG